AUGUUGGUAAAGUAUGGGAAAAGAUCCAGCGCCCGAAACUCGAAAUUGCCUCCAGGACCAAGAAAACUACCUCUUAUAGGAAAUUUGCAUAACAUGACAGGCCUACCGCAUCGCACCCUCAGGAAUUUGGCUAAGAAGUAUGGCCCCAUUAUGCACUUACAGCUUGGUGAAAUUUCUACAGUUGUUGUCUCUUCGCCAAGAGUUGCCCAACAGAUAAUGAAGACCCAUGAUUUGAUUUUCGCAGACAGACCAGAAAUACUUGCUUCAAAAAUCAUGUCAUAUAAUUGUGCUGGCGUAGCAAUUUCUCGCUAUGGUGAUUACUGGAGGCAAUUACGAAAAAUUGUCGUGUUGGAGCUUUUAAGUGCUAGACAAGUUCGGUUAUUUGGAUCACUAAGAGAGGAAGAGGUAUCAAAUAUGAUUCAGAGUAUUUCUUUGAAAGCUGGUUUACCUGUCAACAUCAGUGAGCUAACUUCAUCCCUGUCUAAUGAUGUAACUUCUAGAGCAGCAUUUGGUAAUAAAUGCAAAGACAAAGAAGUUCUUAUAUCAUUGUUGCAAGAAGCAACUUCUAUGUCAGGAGGUUUUGCAAUGGAAGAUCUUUUCCCCUCGAUAAAAAUGCUACAUUUUAUUGGUGGAGUCGCAUCUAAAUUGAAGAGAAUGCACAAGAGGGUUGAUAAAUUUCUAACUGAAGUAAUCGAAGAACACAUAAGGAAUAGGACAACAACUGAAUGUUCUAAUGAUGGUCAGUCAGAGGAGGAUCUAGUAGAUGUACUUCUUUGUGUCCAAGAGAGCGGCGAGCUUCAAUUUCCGCUAACAAUGGAAAACAUCAAAGCAGUCAUCUUGGAUACAUUUGGUGCAGGAACUGAUACUUCAGCUGGCACCACACAAUGGGCAAUGUCUGAGAUGAUGAAAAACCAUAGAGUUAUGAAGAAGGUGCAAGAUGAAGUCAGGCGGGUAUUCAAUGGGAAGAAACGAUUCUGCGAAGCAGACAUUCAAAAACUAGACUACUUAAAGUUAGUAAUCAAAGAAACUUUGAGGCUACAUCCUUCUGCACCACUCUUACUUCCAAGAGAAAGUAGAGAGAGAUGUGAAAUUGAUGGAUUUGAAAUACCGGCAAAAACAAAAGUAAUUGUCAAUGCGUGGGGUCUUGGAAGAGAUCCAGAAUACUGGAGCGAUGCGUACACGUUUGAACCAGAGAGGUUUGAUGGAAAUUCUGUUGAUUAUAAGGGGAGUAACUUCGAAUAUAUUCCAUUUGGAGCUGGUAGGAGGAUGUGCCCAGGGAUGUCAUUCAGUUUAACCGUUAUUGAACUAGCACUUGCUCAGUUACUGUACCACUUUGACUGGAAGCUCUUGGAACAUGGGAAGCCUGAAAACUUAGACAUGACUGAACGCUUUGGUGUUACGCUUAGAAGAAAGAAUGACUUGAUUUUGAUUCCCAUCCUUAUGUUAAAUGAUAUCCCUUUUACUUUGCCAUAA